GUUUUCUUACCUCUCCGUCAUCGUCCGUCGUCUUCUUUAAACCCCAAAAAGGUCCGGCGAGUUUACUCUUUUCUUUUCUCUCGGAGCUCUCCACCGUAACACACAUAUAUGGCUAGCGCAUUGAAACAGAGGCUUGGCACUGCUCUUGCUGGUCAGGCCUGGCAGUCACUAAAUGGAAAUGUUGGUCUACGAUCUUUUGCCACAAAAACUGGUGGAGCUGCAAAGGCUGGAACCAGAGCGAGUGCUCCAGCAGUUAAAAAGAUAAAGGAGGGGCAUAGAGCACUAACUCUUAAUGUGGGAAAGACAGCUGGCAGAAAUUCAGCAGGGCGUAUUACCUCGUACCACCGAGGAGGUGGAGCAAAGCGACUGCAUAGAAGAAUCGAUACCAAAAGGGAGACUGAAUCAAUCGGUGUUGUGGAAAGGAUAGAAUAUGAUCCAAACAGAUCUUCACGAAUUGCCCUGGUAAGAUGGGUCGAGGGUGGCCAGCAUUCUCCCCUCAAGUUCAAGGAGAACAACAAACAGUUUCCUCGUCAAUAUGAGACAAUCGAACCGGUCACAGCAACCACACAAGCCAAGUAUACACUCGCUUCCCUGGCGAGGAAUGUGGAUCAAAGAACAGUAGCUUACUACUCACCUGUAAUGCCUACUUCUUUGGUUGUGGGCGGCCUCCCUGUGGGGAAGCCCAUUAUGCAGGGCGCACCGAUCCAGACGACUAGUGCCAGAGACAUCUUUUUGACAGCCUUCUCUCGAAGUCGUCAUGGGAAGAGUGUACCUGCUACUCCGCGGGUUGCGAUAGUUGGAGCACAACCCAAGUUCUAUGCCCCUCAGUUGAGAGGGGAAGGUGAGGGGAAGACUGUAUAUUCCCUAGACAAGGUCAGGAAGUAUAACAAGCAGAGCAGUGUCUGGGACAAUAGAAACAAACGCAAAGCAGCUGUCUCUUGGCAAAGUUGUGUUCUAUGAUAUUCGCCUGCUGAUACAAGUUAACGAUUGCGUUGCAACUUGCAUCCAGGCAAUAUGGGUAGGCAUUACUAGGUUGCUUGGCUGAAACAUUAUCGUUUUUUGGUCUUGGUCCUUAGUAGACUCUCUACUGCCCGUUGGGAGACCAGGGGUUGGAAAAUGAUUAGGAAGCAGAUUUGUGAAGCACAAUAAGAUUACCAAGCAACUACUGUCUAUUCAUUUUCAGUUUUUCGCUUUGGGACAUGGAGUUAGUAUUGCCUUUUGUUU